GUAGCUGGCGCCGAGCGCGGUGGGAGAGGAGGGUACCCGGCUGGCUCGCCUGGCGGCCUCUGCCCAGAUCUCGACGCCGCAGCCCUGCGCCUCUCCCGCCCUUGUCUCCGGCUCCGUGGCCCAGGCACAGCGGAGGUGGCGGAGCCGUGGGCCACCGUAUCUGGAGUAGAGCAGAAAAAAUAUUAUGCCUGUGUUCCCUUGGGACUCAUUGGACAUUGCACAGUGACAUCUGGGAUUUAGUCUGGAGUGUGCCGCCUGGUGCCUAAAAUGGAAGUCGAUGUUAACGGAGAGUCCAGAAGUACCCUGGCCACGCUGCCCUUGCCUGUGGCCGAGGCGAGCUCCCCGGGCAAGGCGGAAGCAGAGAAGCCCCGCUGCUCCAGCACGCCGUGCUCGCCCAUGCGCCGGACUGUGUCGGGCUACCAGAUUCUCCACAUGGACUCUAACUAUUUGGUUGGCUUCACAACUGGUGAGGAACUCCUGAAGUUAGCCCAGAAGUGCACGGGAGGUGAAGAGAGUAAGGGAGAAGCUGUGCCUUCCUUGCGCUCCAAGCAGCUGGACGCAGGACUUGCGCGUUCCUCCCGUUUGUAUAAAACCAGAAGUCGGUACUACCAGCCAUACGAGAUCCCGGCUGUCAAUGGCAGGAGGCGAAGGCGGAUGCCCAGCUCAGGAGACAAGUGCACUAAAUCUUUACCCUACGAACCUUACAAGGCCCUCCAUGGGCCUCUGCCUCUUUGUCUUCUUAAAGGUAAGAGGGCUCACUCCAAAUCUCUGGACUACCUCAAUCUAGAUAAAAUGAACAUCAAGGAGCCAGCUGACACAGAAGUGCUCCAGUACCAGCUUCAACACCUCACCCUCAGAGGGGACCGUGUGUUUGCCAGGAAUAAUACAUGAGUGACGUGCAGAGAGUGUAAACCAGUUUAGGUCAGCCUCCGCUUGGCCGGAAAAACCCACUGUCGUUCUCUGUACAGGACUCUUCACAUUAUAGAUGGUUAUAUCAGCUAAGUGUUCCUGGCACAUAAAAAUUGUUUGGAUCAAAUUUGAAUACAGAAAUGAAAUCACAGGUACUUGGGGGGAAAUCAUUCUAGAGCACGCAACUGCAAAGAAAACAGAAUGUUGGCCAUUAGUUUGUAUGGCUUUUUAGCUAGGGAGAAAAGGCUUUGGUACAGUCACGCCGUCUUUAUGAUUCCGACACUCAAACUGGGAAUGUUAUCUGCUUGGUUGUUGCUGACUUGGUAUGAUUCAUUAGAAAUUUAUAUCUUUAAGUACUCAAGUACUUCUUUAAUCUCUGUAUUUUACUAUAAAAUGUAUGUACAAUGAUUUGUUUUAUGAAAUUUGAAACUUGAACAUUGCUGAAUUGGACCACUUUUUAUUUUUAAAUAUUGAGUUUAAAUAUUUUAUAACUGGUUUUGCACUGAAAAAAUUAACAUUUCAGAUUGACAAGAGAAUAAUCUUUCUUCACUUGCCUCAAUAAUACUAUUGAGCAAUGGAUUUUUUUAUUUCCGCAUGGAAAGUUAUUGAUCUCUAUGGCUGUACAAUAUUUCUUUAUAGCAUUAUUAAAGUGUGUCUUAAUACAAUUAAAUUUGGGAUACAAAGUAUUUAUUUUACAAUGGGUGGGGGGAAGCUUUUCCAGAAAGUUUCCAAUAUGAAGUUUUCAUAAGUUAAAAAAAGUUUCCUUAGUGCUUACUUUCUAAGUUAAAAAUUCAUCUGGAACUUUAAAAUGGAAAGGAUUCUUUUAAUUGUGGAUGAUAGGCAUAAUACUGUUUGCAUCUGAAUGUUCUGUAAGUGAAUGAAACUUUAAUAGAAGGACUCAUGAUUUCUACUACCGAAUGCUUAAACUAAGUAUGAAGUGAUACCAUUCAGCAUGGCAUCAGGUCAUUCCAGUUUUAGUUCUGUGCAACUCAAGCGCUCGUUGAAAUUCCAGUUUCUAGGAUUAGUGUAGGAGCCUAAAGUGCUUCUACGGUUUUAAUGGGUUAAUCCUGGAUUACCUAACAGUUUAUGUCAAUUGCACUGGUUUAAUUUGUUGCUAAAGGAGUAACGCCCUGGCUUUAGUAACAAAUACAGCUCAACUAUUCUUGAAUAUAUUUUGAGAAAAAUGUAUGUACCUUAACCUUUUGUAAAAGUUUCUGUUUCUUUUUUUCUUUUUUGACUCUUGAAGGUGCAAUUUAUUACUGAAUUGGCAUCUCUGGCAGCAUAGAACUGCUGAUUUUAAAUUUUAGUUUGGUGGUUGUGAGUUUCUUAGGUGUUUGCAGUCUUGCUUAUAAAAUAAGAACACCUUUUAUUAAUGAGUGGGUCAUUCCUGGUGCAGGGAGGACUUUCCUUUAGCCAGAAUGAAUGGCAAACUCUGUUUAGAGCAGAAUAAGUAUUAAGAAAACCCUAGGAACUCUUAAUCAACAUUUAUUAUACUUUCACUGAGGCAAACCAUGUGAAAACACCUUGGGGAAGUUGACCCAUAUCUUACUGAGUUGAUCAGAUUUCUUGGUGGGCUGGAAAUUUUCAGCUGUUGUAUAUUUUAAAGUAAAUUGCACCUUUGUAACAUAUUGUAUUGACGAAUGAUCACUAAGAUUAACUCUAUCUAUACAGUCAUUAGUUUGACAAGAAAUAGAAUCCUGUCAGAUGCCAAAGAGUUGGGAUUUUUACGUUUAAUGAUUAAAACACCGUUAUUUAUUGAUGAUUUACCCUGUGGAACUGUAUUAUUUCUAACUAUGAAAUAAAAGGGUAAUGUAAACACA